AUGCGCCCGACAAGCCCGCCGCCCGCCCGUUGGUUCUGCGUGCUGACCGGCGCCCUCGUCUGCGUCCUCGGCCCCGCGGGCGGCUGGGCGGUGGGGCUGCAGCAGGAAGAGUGUGACUAUCUGCGGAUGAUCGCGGUACAGCACGAGCAGUGCCUGGAGGAGGCGCAGCUGGAGAAUGAAACAGCAGGUCGAGGCUGCCUGGCGACAGGGCCAUCGGAUCACCUGGUAUCACCCUCUGAUCUUCACUCCCCAAUCUUGUGCUCCCCACGUUUGGCUCAGCAACUGUUGGGCUGCGGCAAGAUGUGGGACAACCUCACCUGCUGGCCAGCCACCCCUAGGGGCCAGGUGGUUGUCUUGGCCUGUCCCCUCAUCUUUAAGCUCUUCUCCCCCAUUCAAGGCCGCAACGUGAGCCGCAGCUGCACUGAAGCGGGCUGGACGCCCCUGGAGCCUGGCCCCUACCCCGUUGCCUGUGGCUUGGAUGACAAUUCAUCGAGUUUGGAUGAGCAGCAGCAGACAGUGUUCUACAGUUCUGUGAAGACCGGCUACACCAUCGGCUACAGCCUGUCCCUCGCCACUCUCCUGGUCGCCACGGCCAUCCUGAGCCUGUUCAGGAAGCUCCGCUGCACACGGAACUACAUCCACAUGAACCUCUUCAUAUCCUUCAUCCUGAGGGCCGCCGCCGUCUUCACCAAAGACUUGGCCCUCUUCAGCAGUGGGGAGACGGACCAUUGCUCCAAGGGCUCGGUGGGCUGCAAGGCGGCCGUGGUCUUGUUCCAGUACUGUGUCAUGGCCAACUUCUUCUGGCUGCUGGUGGAGGGCCUCUACCUGCACACCCUGCUCGCCGUCUCCUUCUUCUCCGAGCGGAAGUACUUCUGGGGGUACAUAUUCAUCGGCUGGGGGGUGCCCAGCACAUUCACCCUGGUGUGGACCAUCAUCAGGAUCCACUUUGAGGAUUAUGGAUGCUGGGACACAAUCAAUUCCUCACUGUGGUGGAUCAUAAAGGCCCCCAUCCUCGCCUCCAUCUUGGUGAAUUUCAUCCUGUUCAUUCGCAUCAUUGGAAUCCUGGUUCAGAAACUGCGGCCCCCAGAUGUCGGGAAGAGUGACAGCAGCCCGUACUCGAGAUUGGCCAAGUCCACCCUUCUGCUGAUCCCCCUGUUUGGCGUGCACUACGUCAUGUUCGCCUUCUUCCCCGACAACUUUAAGGCUGAAGUGAAAAUGGUCUUUGAGCUCGUCGUGGGGUCUUUCCAGGGUUUCGUGGUGGCCAUCCUCUACUGCUUCCUGAAUGGCGAGGUGCAGGCAGAGCUGCGGCGGAAGUGGCGGCGCUGGCACCUGCAGGGCGUCUUGGGUUGGGACCCCAAAUACCAGCACCCGUCCGCAGGCAGCAACGGGGCCACGUGCAGCACGCAGGUCUCCAUGCUGACCCGCGUCAGCCCCGGUGCGGGCCGCUCCUCCAGCUUCCAGGCCGAAGUCUCCCUGGUCUGACCGCCAGGUGCCCAGGCGGGUGGGCGGCCCCUCUCGCCGGCACCGCCCGCCACCCCGCGUGGCACCGAGGGCAG